UUAAGCAACCAGGAAGUAAAAGGCAAUCCAAGCGUGCCUGUCUACGACAUAAAAAACAAUCGAGAGCGAACAGGCUAUCAGUGUUUCGCAUGCUGCCAUCUCGCUCCUUACCUAACACCUGCAAAUCGAAAACACAUAGACCGGUCUGUCUUGGUCUUCCCUACUAAGUCAUGACCGUAACACCCAUCCUCGUUAGCCAAACUAGAGAGGAAAAGACAAUUAGAUUGACUGGUACAAAGCCCGCAGUGCAUCUCUGGGAGUUUCUACUGGAGCUGCUUGCCGACGAGAGCUGCGCGUCGAUGAUAUCUUGGACGAAGAAGGAGGAGGGUGAGUUCAAGCUCCGGAACCAGGAGGAAGUCGCGCGAAGAUGGGGCGACCUCAAGCAAAGGCCAGGCAUGAACUACGACAAGCUAAGCCGCGCGCUAAGAUAUUACUACCAGAAGAACAUCAUAAAAAAGGUCAACGGUCAGCGACUUGUAUACAAGUUUGUUGAACUACCGUACAGUUAUAUCCCUUACAGGAAGUCAUCUUCCCCAUGUUCAGGCAACGACAAAAAGCAGCACGAACGAAUUGAAACCGUGCUUAGGACGCAAGUCAAGAAGGAGGACAAGGGGCAAGACCUCAAUAUGCGACAAGGGCCAAUCAACGGCCACUACCAGCACCACGUGACCUGUGAGAACGAUCAUCGUGUUGUCAUAGCAAAGCCGACGUCAGUCAUUAAGCGCUGUGGCCGAGCGAAGGCCUACACCCGCUAGCGCACAUUCGUGACAUUUUUAAACCAUAUCUCGUUCUGCGUUCGUGAUUUUUUAUGAAAGUUAAAAUAUAUUAACUUCGCUAUGCUUUAACUCUGUGUAAUCGAGACCGGCACUUUGUACAUACUGAAAACCGAUUAGCUGCAAUAAAAGCCACUUGAAGAAGACAGCUAUUAA